AUGCGUUCGUGGUGGACUUUCCUGAGGCGCCGGAUCGGGAGGGGAUCAAACGAUGGGCGCGCGAGCAGCGGCGGAAGGAGGGGUUGGCUGAACAGAGUACAUUGGUGA